AACUUCUAACCACCCACCGCAAGAUGUUUUUUUGAUGCAAUAAAGCUACAGAGAAACGAGGGGUCAUAAUUGGUGGCAGUGAUAAAUAGAUUCCACUUGUGACUCAACCAAGACAAUGUAGGACUCUUCUUCCUCUUUCAUCACACUCCAACACGGAAAAUCUUAAAUCUUGAAUCUUGAAACCCUUUUUCCCAGUAAAUUUUUUUUAUUUUUUGUUGUUUUUUCUAAUCUGGGGCACAAAACCCUAAUCUUGAUUCUUGAAAGGCUUCCCCACAAGGAAAGACUGAGUCUUUGGGAGGAAAUCUCGAGUUCUCGAGGGAUUGUUGAAAAAGUAGAAAGAAAAAAAAAACCCUAUGUCGGAGGGGGAGUCUUUGCCGGACGAUCUCCGGUGCAACCGGACGGACGGGAGGCAAUGGCGGUGCAAGCGGCGGGUGCUGGAGGGGAAGAAGCUGUGCGACAUUCACUAUAUGCAGGGCCGGCACCGGCAGAUGAAGCAGAAGGUCCCCGACUCGCUGAAAUUCGAGCGGGCGAGGAAGAUGAAGAAGGCGGCGGAUAAGGGCCACGAAAUUGGGGUUUCCCGGCGGGAGAAGACGCUGAAAGUGGCGAGGAAAUUGAGGGCGGCGGCCAAGCGGAAGCGCUGCGUUUCCGAGGCUUUGGAUGAAGCGUUGAAGAGAAUGGAGCUGAAGCGAGGGGAUUUGCCAUUGGAGCUCAUCCGGGUGUUCUUGAAACGCCAGGUGGAGAAGAAGAAACAGAAGGAGCUCAAGAAUGAUAGCGACGCAGCAUCAAUGCGUGAAUUCCCCAAUGCUGUAAUGGCUAUCCCCAAUUUACCUUCUAAUAACCUCAACAAUGGCGGUUUCAUCUCGGGCAUCAAAUUGGGGGCGGAUUUGAGCUUGAGUCCCUUCUCGGCCAGGCAGUUUAGGUCAAAGAACAUUGAACUUCCUCCCAUCACCACACUGCAGGCCGUGCCAUUCGCCAAGAAUCUGAAGAAAGUGAAGAGGAAGAAGUGCCACUGGUGUAGAAGAACCAACUAUAGGAUUCUCGUCAAAUGCUCGAGUUGCAAAAAGCAAUCUUUUUGCAUGGAUUGCAUUAAAGAACGGCACCUUGAGAAGCCGGAGAUUAAAGCAGCAUGCCCUGUGUGUCGUGGGAGCUGCAGCUGUAGAAUCUGCACAAAAACAAAAUCGAAGGCUAUCAACUUCAAGGAAUUUUAUAGGGACAAGAAAAGGGUUAACGAAACUCGACUGCUUUAUUAUCUUAUCCAUUCACUUCUUCCUGUUCUGGAAAAGAUCAACCAAGAACAGAGCUUUGAGUUGGAGAUAGAAGCUAACAUAUCAGGAAAAGAAAACUCGGGGGAAGUCCAGAUACAGCAGGCUGCAGUGGGCCCCAAGAAGUUAUAUUGCUGCAGUAACUGUAAGGCUUCCGUUCUGGAUUACCACAGAAGCUGCUUAAACUGUUCUUUUGUACUUUGCAUAAAUUGUUGCUCGGAGCUUCGACAAAGAUGUGAACCUUGCAUUGAUGGCAGCAUAUCUUGCCCACCUAAAGAAUCCGGUGGUUGCAGUGGCGGCUUCCUUCACUUGAGAUGCCUUUUCCCUUGCAAUUGGUUUAAGGAGCUGGAAAUUAGCGCCCGAGCGACAUUGUGCCACAACAAAAAGUACGAAGAAACUGAAGAUGCUUCUGGGUCAUGCUCACCGUGCAAGGAAGGUGAUCGUAAAGCUUGUGGGGUAAAUAAUUUGCUCGUGGAAUUAGCUCAAAGACUAGACACGAAUGACAACUUUCUGUAUUGCCCCGCUUUGAAGGAUCUCUGGGAAGAAGACUUUGAAAACUUUCAGAAACACUGGGGAAAAGGUCAUCCUGUUAUAGUAAAAAACGUGCUCCGGAGUUCUUCAGAAUUGUCAUGGGAUCCCGUUUUUAUGUUCUGCACUUACCUCGAGAAGAGGUCUAAGUGUCCAAAAAAUAAAGAACCUACAAAAACACCAAAUUCCCUCGACUGGUGUGAGGUAGAAAUCGCCAGAAAGCAGGUCUUUAUGGGGUCAUUGCAAUGGCAGACACAUGCAGCUAUUAGGCAACAAAUGAUAAAGUUUAGAGCUUGGCUUUCUUCCCAUCUAUUCGAAGAACAGUUUCCAGCGCAUUAUUUGGAAAUCUUACGAGCUUUGCCACUUCAGGAGUAUAUGAAUCCCAAGUCUGGUCUCCUCAACCUAGCGGUGAAAUUACCGGGGGAAAUGGCAGCACCCGACGUAGGUCCUAAUAUCUAUAUCUCGUAUGGUGGGUCCGAAGAGCUCGUGCGAACUGAAUUCACAACUAACCUGUGCUACGAGUCUUAUGAUAUGGUGAACAUUUUAGCAUAUGCUACGGAUGCGCCCGUAUCUAAAGAACAGCUAUGUAAAGUUAAAACUUUGAUGAAAACAUUUGGCGCUAAAGAUCAGAGUGAAGAUACUGAAGAAUCGGGCUUGCAGGAUGUGAAUGGAGAGCACCCGCAAUUGCCUGAUGCUAUUGCGAAAGUGCCCUUCUAUUCUGCUGACUCGCAUAAAGACCAAACAUUUGGCGUUGAGGACAGUGACUGUGACUCGGGAUCUGAUUCCGAGGGCUCGAUACUCUGCUCUGAAUCAGUCGACAGAUUAACAGACUCGGACAUUGAUGAUUUCUUUAACGAUAGCUUAGAAUCCACCAAUACUCAUGGUACAGAAAACUCGGCUACAGUUUGUGGGGCCCAGUGGGAUGUUUUCCGCAGACAGGAUGUCCCGAAACUUGUGGAAUAUCUCGGGAGGCACUCUAAGGAGUUCACCUCUGCUUGCAGCUAUUCUAAACAGCCUGCGCAUCCGAUUCUUGAUCAAGAUUUCUUCCUCGACGCAUAUCAUAAAUUGAAGCUUAAAGAGGAAUUCGAUGUUCAACCAUGGACGUUCGACCAACAUCCUGGCGAAGCUGUGAUCAUCCCCGCUGGAUGUCCAUAUCAAAUUAGACAACUUAAGUCAUGUGUGAACAUUGUUUUGAACUUUCUGUCGCCUGAAAACGCGGCCGAGUGCAUCCAUUUGAGCGAUGAAAUUCGAGUCCUUCCUGCCCACCACAAAGCGAGAAGAAAACUGAUGGAGGUCAAGAAAAUGGCUGUAUGUGGGAUUCGAGAUGCAGUUGGAGCAAUUCAUGACAUAACUACUACAAAAUCGCUCUCUUGAACCGUUCUGAUAAACCCAAAACGUCCGUCUUUCCUGAAGAACCCAGACUUCUAUUAUCGCGCCAUUUGCCAAAGGGUCUGCAUCUGUGUCAAAAAAUCGCGAAAGCUCUUUAUAUUCAUUCCUGUGUGCUUGAAAGAAAGAAAUGGUGUUCUGGGUUGAGCGUUCCCAGACUGAUUGAUUCAUGUAAUUGGUUUCUUCUUCUUCUUCAUCAUCAUCAUCAUCAUCAUCUCUGUGAAUGGCUGUGUCUUGGUGGUGAUCAUGCGAGGUAAAACUGAACUAAUUUGUAGUGAUUCUGGAUUUGGAUGUUGUGGGGUUCACUGAAAUCAUUGUUUUGGACAGGCAAAUGUAAUUGACAACAAUUUUGUGUAAUAGCAACGAUGGAACAACCUUAUACUUCCCCCAACUUUACUUGUUUCUUUUACAUGUAAAUUGUUUGCUGUAAAUAACAUUUCGUUUUAAGUUAAUGUUUGACAGUGUUAUAGCUAAUACAUUUAUACAUG